ACUAAAGGAGGCGUUGCCCCAGCGCGGGAGCGCCGUCGUAGCAUCGCUAGAACAUGCUAGUACUCUAGCAACUCUAUUCAUCCACCGUGCUCUGGAGUGCUUGGAACAGUUGUUAGCGAGGGGUUCAAGACGUAGUCACUCUUUUUGCCUGCUUUUCUUCUAUUGUCUUUAAAUCAACGUCGUCAUCUCCGUCUGCUAGUGUGGUGGUUUGGUAGUCAAAUGCAAUAGCUUAAAGUAAUUCUCUCCUAGGUAUGACAACACCGCUGCGCUAACGUGGGUGCCCGAAAGAUAUUUUCGCUAACACCACCAGAAAAAUGACCAGUUCUGCAUCGAGUGCUCGUGUCCUCUUCGUGGAGUCGAAGGAGCGCCUUUGUGAUCGCAUACAAGUGAAUGUGAACAGCGUUGGGUCACUAGCGAGGCAGGUAGUCAAAGGAUCUAAAAGCAGUGAGACACUGAUGCAUACUGCGAGAAACUUCGCAUUACAAGAGCAUGCUUUGCACAACUCCGAAGUGAACCUGUGCAAAAUGCAAAACCUCGUCACCAACUUGCAACUUCAGGCGGACGCAAUACAAAAGUGCGCCCAGCACAUCGAAGUUGUUAAGGAAAAACUUCACCAGAUGCAGUGCUGAUGAAAACUACAGAGCCAGGAAAAUAAAAGUUCCAGAUUUUAUUCACA